AUCUUUUUUUUGAUUCACCUCCAAGAUUUCUAGACUGUUCUUGUGCUUCAAAAGUUGCUUUCAAAACUCCAUCUAGACUCACAAUGACAAAUGCCACCUUUGGAGAAGUUGGAGAUUGGUCAUCCCCCUCAAGUUGGCGUUGUCUACGAGAUGAACUUCCCUCAGCCUCCACCUACUUCUGUUGCCUUUUCGCUAUUCAGCCUUCUUGUGCUGCAGUCUGCGCCUCAAGGUCUUCAGCAGCAAGGUUCCUUUGAGCAUAAGGCAAACUACGAUUUCUGGCAACACUCCUCAGUUGAGCUGGUUGAUUUUGCAAAUCGCGUUGUACCGAUUGGGCUGGUGGAACUUGUGGCUAGAAAAAGUCCCUUAGAUGGGGUUGAUGAUGAGGACCCACAUUUCUCCUCCUACUUGGCGGAAUAUACCUGUGCUGAGGUUGAUGGCCAUGGUCUGCAACAGAAGCAACAACCUCCAUUGGUUUAUGUUGUCUUUGCCCUUCACCCAUGAAGAAAUUCUAUUGUUGAAUGUUAGGAUGAUGUUGAUUCCCUUGCCCCCCGAGUGUUGGGAUUAGGGCUUCUUGAAUCUGUCUAGGCAUUUCAACAGUUGGAGGAGGGAUCUCAAGUCUGGGCUGUCGCACUAGCUCAACUACCUGAUCUGAAAUAGCCUGCAAUGUUCUGUGGCUUUCUUCCCUAGUUUCUCGCACUACUCUACUGCCUUCUUUGAAAACCCAUCUCAGUUCUUCCAUAUAUUGUCUAAUUGUCUCUUCCUAACGUUUGGAAGAUUCUGCUUAACUCUCAACAAGUCUCUGUAUAACCUGGUUCUGUUCUCUACAUGCUAACUCCAGAUGUUCAGUCAUACCUCUAAUUACAUUACUUGAUUCAGCAAAGUCACCCUCACGAUCUGCUUUUUUCUCCUUAAAUACUGGAUUCCCAUAGGACCGUUCUGCUAAAGGUGACACUAGGAGAAAAGUAAUGGGAUCAUUUUCACCCUCAGAGUAGAGUGGACUAUCAUCUGCAUGUUCAGCUUAUGGUGGUUGAACCUCUUUGUCUCUGCUCUUUCUCGGUGGCAUGGCUCUAGACGCGUUUGGAUGUAUAACUAAUACACCCUGCUGGUGGUC